AUGUCGGAGCACAGGCGCGACGUGUCUAUCCAAACAAUCGAUGGUGUAGCCCUGAAAGGAUGGUUCUUUCCAGCCGGUUCGGAAAAAGAUCCAUGUGUGAUCAUGACACAUGGGAUCUCGGCGCUCAAGGAGCACUUCCUCGACCGGAUCGCAGUUGAGCUUCAAAAGGCGGGCUUUAACGUUCUUCUCUAUGACAAUCGGGGUUUUGGAGAAAGCGGUGGCCGCAGAUAUGACAUCGAUCCUAUCAAAGCGCAGGAUGACUACGUUGACGCUUUUGACUACGCCGCAUCUCUUCCGGAUGUUGACCCUGAGCGAAUUGCUUUUUGGGGAGUGAGCCUCUCUGGAGGGGUCGCUAUAUCUACUGCGGCCAUUGAUCGUCGAGUCAAAGCAGUUGUUGCUGUUGUGCCAUUCGUAUCGGGAGAGCUUUUGAUGGGAACAGGCCAACCAAUUCUCGAUAUGGCACAACGAGACCGUGCCAAGAUUCGCAAAGGGGAAGCUUGGCCCCUUACUGGUAUCGUUGCAUCGACAAUUGACGAGGCAGAGGCCGGUACUGCACCUGUUGUACUCCGAGAUGCGGUCAGUUACCGCUUCUUUCAAGAUGCCGCCGCACAGGGUGGCAACUGGGAAAACAAAAUCACCACAAUGAGCCUCUUCAGAAUACUUCGAUUCGAGCCGAUUCGGUAUAUUCAUCGAGUUGCGCCAGCGCCUCUGCUAAUGAUUGUGGGAGAAAAGGAUGAAGAAUUGCUGUCGCUGCAACUGCAAGCAUUUGGGCUAGCACGGGAACCGAAGCAGCUCCAUAUUCUGAAGGGUGGUAAUCAUUUCAACCAUUACCAAGGGGAAAUAAGCGUGGAAAGCAUUCGACUUCAGAUAAACUUUCUGAAGCAGUGUCUGUAG